UAAAGCUUUCACUCUGUUUAGCCAAGUGAUUUGUUUAAAUUUCAAUCUCGGGGUUAUAAAUCAACGAAUUCCGUCUGCGCUGGAUGACAUUAGCUAUUAACAAAGAUACUUUGCUAGAAUUCAGAGCUAGAGCUCCAUACACGUACCGUACACGUACGUAGUCAACAUGCGCGAGGCGCGGUGAGGUACCGGUACCGUACCUGUCGAGGAGUGAGUUGACAAAGCUGCGAUGCUCCGUAGGCGGGGAGAAAGCCAGGAGAAAGUGACCGAAAGUCAAGGAUCACAAAAGACGAAGUUGGAGCUUGCUUAGCGUGCAACAACGACGUCGACGAUGGAAAGCCCUUCACCCAUGUGGGACUUUGUGUCUCCUGAAGACAACAAGGAAAUGAUCGAUAAGUUCAGAACAGAAAGUAAGAAGGUCAUGGACAGGUGGUCCUUGGGAAAUGCAUCUACUACUGAGAAAGAUGCAGCAGUUUCUUUUUUGGUGCAGCUUGGAGCCGUGAGAAUCUCUUUUCAGUCUGGUAGUAGUCACAUACAAUCUGAGAGACGAGUGUCCGUCCAAUUUGAGGACAGACCGCUUUUGGAGACAAAACAUGAUGGUCCUGAUACAGCAGAUCCCCUACCAAUGAAGAAUGAGGACAUCGAUAGCAGAGAACAAUCAGGUGCCUUGACGUCUGCUUCACAAGCAAGCAGUUCCAAAGAUGUGCCUAUCGACAGUGGUGAUGAUGGGGACAAUGAAAAUUGUUCAGCAUGGAUGAGCGAACCUAGUGAUGAUGAUGAUGAUACAGUAACUGCACAGGAGGAUGAUAGAAGUGCAACUCAACAACCAAGUGAGGAACACCCAUGUCCUAAUUGCCAUGCAAUCCUACACAGCACCUGGGAAUUAGAUCUGCACAAAGUGAACGAUUGUGAGAAGGAUCCCAUCAAGUAUGUGUACAAUUGCGAUCAAUGCACAAAGUCAUUUCUCAGGAAGCUUAAGCUAAUUUCGCAUUUACGCAUUGAUCAUAAAAUGACCCCUCAUGAUGUUAUUGUAAAACUUAAAGAAUUGGAAAGUACCAAAAUUCAAAAAGGUUUGGAAAUUGAGGUAUCCAAGAAGGAACCACACAGACGGCAAGGCCUCAAGGAAUCUAAUGGUGAAAGAAAGAGGCAAAAAGUGUCAGGGAGAAAGAAAGAGGGUGAAGGGAGUGUACAGAAAGCAAAACGAACCAGAAGCGACAAAGCAGUUGCACCUCCGAAAUUGAAGAGACUGUGUGUCCGUCUUAAAAAAAUAAAAAUGGACGAUAGGGAUGAAUAUAGUUCUUCCAGCAGGCAGACAAGAUCUAGUGAGACAGCUGUGGUUUCUAAUGUAGAAAUAGCACCACAGAACUGUUCUUCUAAUGAUCAUCAAAUCCUAGAAGCCUUGGAUGCUAAAUACGAUUGUGAGAGACGUGCUAUAGAGGAAGUUGAUGAAAAUGAAAUUGUGAGGGAAGAGAAGACAGAAUGUAAAGACAAUGAAAGACCGACUGUGUUGUCAGAGUCUGAGUUCAGUGAGGCUAGAUCAUUGGAAGAGAAUGGCAAUUCAUUAGUUAACUUUCAGAGCAGUGAUGACAAGGGAUUUACUGAUGAGAAUGUAGAUACCCCCUCUAGCCCUACAAAUGAGAAUAGGAAAGGAGAGGUUUUAACUGACUCGAUUGUUGCUGACAUCCCGGAAGUCAUGUUUGAGCCAUGUGAAGAAAGUGAUCAAAAGAAUGUUAAAAUUAAAAGGGGAAGAAAGGUAUGUGAUCAAAAUACAUGUAACUCCACCAUUAGUUCAAAAUCAGAGAGUAAAGAAAGCAUUUUCGGAUGCUUGCUCUGUGAUAUGGAAUUUCAAAAGGCUUAUCAAUACCACAAGCACAUGUUUGAUUGUCAUAAAGAAAGCAGGCAUCAGGAGUUCACAUGCGGUACAUGUGAUAAAAUGUUUUUGAAGAAAUCAUUAUACACAACUCACAUCAAAACCCAUAUGGACAGAAACAAAAGGCAGAAAUAUCACUGCAAGGAAUGCAAUAAGUCCUUCUUGUCGAAGUACGAUCACAAUUUUCAUAUGGACUGGCAUGCUGAGAAAUUCAAAUGUGAAAUGUGUGGUAAGUUGCUUUCGAGCAGAUAUACACUGGAGAGUCAUAUCAAAUGUGUUCACAACAAGUUGAAGUACCCCUGCCACCUCUGUGAGAAGGUGUUUGCAAAUGAGAAGUAUUUAAAGUUGCAUAUAGAAGACCACGAACUGGGACGGAAAUAUAAAUGUGAAGAAUGUGGAGGAACCUUCAUCCGUCCUCAUCAACUGAAAUCGCACAAGGAACUUGUCCAUUCAGGUGCCUGUCAAUGCCUUUGUGAACUUUGCGGAGAAACUUUCAAGACUCCACAGAUCUUAAAACAGCACACUGACACUGUCCACUCCCUUGUUUACAAGUACUCUUGUGAUGUUUGCGGGAAGAAAUUCCAACGCACGUCCAACCUGAAUCGCCAUAAGAAGCUCCAUUUCAAUGACCCUAUGUUGAGGCGUUUUCCUUGUACACUGUGCGAUAAGCGCUUCCGAGAUCAAAGCAAGUUGAAUGUUCAUAUGGAUUGGCAUAACAAUAUCAGGUCACAUACAUGCGAUAUAUGCGAGAAGUCGUUUUUGACAAAAGGUAACCUAACCAAGCACAUGUUAACCCACCAGGAUAAGAAACCUCAUGAAUGUGAGAUUUGUUCCGUAGGUUUUAUGAACCUGCCACAACUCAGGAAACAUCUCAAAGUAAAGCACAAGGUCAUUCUGAAAACAAUGAAGACCAAGUUAGUUGAAGAUGAACACCUAGUCAAUAAAUCUGCCGCAGGGCCACUUUUACCAUCAGAAUCAAGGUCUACAGACAAUGCCAGCGAUAGUCCAGUUCAUCAUCAAGAACACUUGACCAACGAUAGUGUUUAUCAAGUAUCUGAGGUCAGCAUUUAUCAAGAUCCUGAGCCCAGUGUCAGUGAAAGUGUUGGAGAACUGCUUCUAGGAAUGAUGACUUUGUAGAUGCAUGCCAAAUAUACAUAUAUAUAUAGAUAUUUAUAUAUAUAUAUGUAUAUAUAUAUAUAUAUUCUGAAUAUUGCUCAGAAGCUUUUGUUUGGAUGACAGAUGCUUCUAAUUUGGCAGUGAACUACAACUGUACUGUCAUUGGGUGUACUUAAGUGUUGCUCUCCUGUGACUCUCAGAAACAGUGGGUCCUAGGGCCCCGUUGAAUGAAAGUACUAUUAUGGUAGCUUUGCCAUCCAAUGGUAACUACCAUGGUAAUGCUGAUCAACGGCCAAUCAAAAUAAGGAUUCCAUAUAAGUUACUGUUGCAUGGCAAAGCUACCAUAAUGCUAACUUUUAUGCAAUGGGGCCCAUGAUUUGAAUCCCACCCAUGUUGUCCAUUUCCGUCAGCAAGGGAGUUUCCAUGCUGUGCCGCACUGGACCAAGGUGUGGUAUGGUGACCUGGGAGCAUUAACUACAGUAAUACACGUGCAAAUGGUUCAGUUGUCAAUUACAUCAUUGUAAAAACAUCCAUCCUGACCAUAAGCUCCCUUGUAAACUGUAAAAGGUACAGUAAAAUCUUGAAAACAAUGAUCACCUCUCUUGUAAUUGAUUGUGAGGCAAACUGUUCAGAUAUAUCUAAUAGAGUUUCCUUUUUACCAGUAGGUAGCUUCUAUUGGCGAGUUCUUACAAGGAAUCCAUGUGGGUGUUUCAUCAAGCUGACCAUAAGCUACGAGUGACUUCGUGAAUGAUUGGUGAUCCUUUCUUGUGGCAAAUAAUACACACCAGAUUUUGAUUGGUAUGCCAUGGAUGGAGUUGCUAUUAGAAAGGGUCACCAGUGGCCCAUCCAGAGAAGGUUAUGGAGUUUUGUCCCCACUAAACCAACUUGGCAGAAAAGUCUACCCACUGCAGAAACAGUUGCGUUUCAAAAGCAUAUUUAGACAAGUGUAAGUCUCUAAUAUGCUCAGAUAUAGUAGUUGUAUCAAAACUAUUAUUUCCGUUGAUGUGAUCAAUAUAUUAGCUAAUACAUAUUUGGAAGUAUGAAUUGUAAUGAUACAUUGGUUUUGUUUCUAGGACUAUGCAUAGACUUUUAUAAUAGCGUAUGACUGCAAAAUAGCAGACAGGUCACUUCAACAGUUGAACUGCCCAUAUAUUAUGGACAGUUAUUGAGCUUGUCCCUAACAAUGCAAUCAAUACAUGUAUUUACAAUUGGUUGAAACUUCUUAUUGUUUACACCUUGCCAAAGACUUGAUUUAGCAUAAAUUGUAAUUGUAAAAUAUGAUUGUACAUUUUAUGAAUACGCCUACAUGGCCCAUGAUAUGAGAGCAUUAAAAGCUGUAACUUUACACUGACAUCUGACAAUAUGAACGUGGAGUAGGUUUAAGAGCCAAAAACAAUUCCAUAUUCUUGCAUUUCAUAUCAUUGCUGGUAACCAUUGCUGUAAAUAUAUAUUUCUUGUAACUCACUGCAUAAUAUGACCCGUUUUGUUUGGUUGUUUCGCAUCCACUGUAAUGAGCUAUAGGGCUUUCAUUGGUAGAAAAAGGGUUGCUAUUUUAUCUACU